AACGUGAGAAUGCCGUAUGUGUAUGUGUGUGUAAUGGGUUAAACCUCGGGUUCCAACAGUACAGCGAGACAAAGGAAAGGGGAUUCGUUUGUAGACUAUCGAUGAUAGCGGACGUCUCUACGGAGCGCCAAUCGGAUAUAAAGGAAGCGGUCAUCAGAUUUUACAAUGGCUUCGAGGAAAAUCGAUGCUUCGGCGAUGCCUCCGUUCAAAGUUGGAGGAGAUCCAAGGAACGAUUUGAUGAAAUGGAGGAAAGCUUUUGAUCGGUUUUUGCGAGCGAAUAAGAUUGAUAAUGACGAAGAGAAGUUUGAUCUGCUGCUGGUUCUCGGCGGUAUAGAACUGCAAGAGUAUUAUGACAAAAUAACCAAGUAUGAAGUGCAAAACGUUCUUGUGACUGGGGAAGUAGAAACGUUACAGUAUGAUUCGGUUCGAGAGACAUUUGUUCAGGGCGAUGAAGCAGGAGGAAAGCGAGCCGUUUCAUGAAUUUGUGUUCAGAUUGCAAGGUCAGGCAAAACGUAGCGAUUUCGUUGAUGUGGAUGAUAUGGUUAUUGAUCAAGUCAUAGAGGGUUGCAAGUCCACUGAACUACGAAAGAAACUCUUGACCGACGACUUGACCCUGAACGACAUCAUGACACUCGGAAAAACGAUUGAGGAGGUUCAAAAGCAAUCGAAACAAUAUGAAAGGCCUACACCGUCGGCAUAUGCACAGGCACCGCUGGUACAACGCAUUGAAAAGCGACCGGAUAGAUAUCAAAAUACUGAGUCCCGCAGACGGUGCUACAAUUGCAAUCGCCCUGGUCACCUAGCCAAAGAAACAGAGAAAUGCGCAGCGAAGAACGCAACAUGCCAUGGCUGUGGAAGUCAAGGACACUUCAAGGUGUGUUGCCGAAAACGGAAGCGGGAGGACUCCCAACAGCGACCGGGACCGGCACCGAAGCGCAGUUCAGUUCAUGCUAUUCACGACGAAAAGGCUACAACGACAGGAGUCUUCACAAUCGACGAUGGAACUCAGCUGAAGGAAGUGUUGGAACUGGAAGUAGGUGGGAUUACCAUGAACCUGUUGGUGGACUCGGGAUCCCCAGCCAACAUUAUCAGCCGCAAAAGUUACGCGUGGCUGAAACAGCAGGGAGCGAGUAUUUUGAAUGAACGUCGUCCUCACGAAAACGAAACCAACUUGACAGCUUUUGCAUCGGAACGGAAAAUAUUCUUCAGCGAUGCGUUCGAAACAGAAAUCAAAGUGCCAGGGGAUGAAUCAGGAGUAUGGACCCAUGUCCUGGUAGCACCGGAUGGCCAAACAAACAUACUGAGCAAAGCUACAGCAUUCGCUUUGGGUGUGUUGAAAAUUGGCUACAAUAUUCACCACAUAUCCAGCACGACUGAACCUGUGGAGGAGUUCCCCAAGGUUCCGAACGUAUUGCUAAAAAUCCAAAUCGACGAAACAAUUCCGCCAGUUGUUCAAGUGGCCAGGCGACUUCCUAUGUCUAUGGAAGCGGACGUCGAAGAGGCGAUUCGAGAUCUACUGGACAAGAACAUAAUAGAACGCGCUGAGGGACCACUGACAUGGGUGUCGCUUCUGGUACCUAUCCGGAAGGCAGAUGGAAACAUACGGCUCUGUGUUGAUUUGCGAGCUGCAAAUCAGGCAGUGAAACGGGAGAAUUAUCCAAUGCCCUACAUCGAUGCCGCGAUGAUGUCAAUAACAAAGAUUGCAAGAUUAUCGAAGAUUGACUUAGAAGCAGCUUACUAUCAUUUCGAAUUGGAUGAAGACAGCCGUGGAAUAACAACCUUCGUAGCUCGUAGUGGGGUGUACAGGUUCCGCAGAUUAAUGUUCGGCAUUAAGUCUGCGCCGGAACUAUUUCAAAGAGAGAUGGAGAACUUGUUUCGAGGGAUUGAUGGGGUGAUCGUAUAUAUGGACGAUGUUUUAAUCCAUGGAGCCACCGAAAAAGAGCACGACACUACGCUGCAGCGGGUGCUCGAAAUUUUGAAAGACAGAAAUAUGCGCAUCAACGAACAGAAGUCAGUCUACUCGGCCACGGAAGUUGAAUUUCUGGGAUAUUGUGUCGCGGACAAGGGAAUUCGGCCAACCGAAGAGAGGGUAAAGGCGAUUCUUGGUUUACAAGCUCCAUCGUCGGUUACCGAGCUGAGAUCCCUACUGGGUCUUAUUAAUUUCGUUGGCCGGUUUGUUCCAAAUCUUUCGGCCUUAACUUUCAACAUGAGACAGCUACUCAUUAAAGACAGCUCCUUCCAAUGGAACGAAGCUCAUGAUGCCGAAUUGGAGAAGAUCAAAUCGAUCCUAGGGAAAGUCGAAUCUCUGGGAUAUUUUCAUCCGGCAGAUGACACCCAGCUUGUAACAGAUGCUAGUCCGUAUGGGCUAGGUGCCAUAUUGAUACAAAUCAAAGAUGGAGUACCCAGGACAAUUUCUUGUAUCUCUAGGAGUCUGGCAGUACACGAAAAGAAGUAUUGCCAAACCGAAAAAGAGUGUUUGGCGAUAAUCUGGGCAAUGGAAAAGCUAUUCGUGUAUCUUUAUGGUACCAAAUUUACUUUGAUCACUGAUUGCAAGCCUCUUGAGUACCUGUUCAACAGAGUGCAAUCAAAACCAUCCGCUCGUAUUGAACGGUGGAUUUUGCGGCUGCAAAGCUACGACUUUGUUGUACGAUAUGAACCAGGCAAAAACAACAUGGCAGAUCCAUUGUCAAGGAUGUCUCAGGGCGAAGAAGAAAUUGUCGGAGAAAUUGAUACGGUUGCGUGGCUCGCACAAGAAAUAAAACCAUGUGCUCUUUCCAUCGAAGAGAUCGAAUCAGAAACUAAACGCGAUGAUAGACUCCAAGCUGUAAAGGAGGCCAUUUUCUCCGGUCAUUGGGACGCGGUUCCGGUCGAGUUCAGGACGGCUACAAUAAAAGACGAUUUAACUACCUACGGUGAGCUUAUUCUACGAGGUGAUCGGAUCGUUAUUCCGAAAGAGUUACAUAAUAGGGUUGUUGAGCUUGCCCAUUCCGCUCACCAAGGUAGCACGGCUAUGAAAGCUCAGCUAAGAGCAAAAGUGUGGUUUCCUUCAAUGGAUAAGGCUGUUGAGAACUUGGUUCGUGGAUGCAAACCUUGUAAAAUGACAGGAGUUCCGGACAGUCCAAACCCGAUGGCGCGCCGUAUACCAUCGGAGCCCUGGCAGGACAUUGCCAUUGAUUUCAAGGAAGGACUACUAGGCGGCCUCUCCUUGCUGGUCGUGGUAUGCUAUACCACAAGAUUUAUUCAGGUGGAACCUAUGAAACCAGCAACGGCGCAGAGAGUAAUAACAGCAUUGCUGCGGAUGUUCAGCGUUCUCGGCAUUCCGAGAUCCAUAACUGCAGACAACGGUCCGCAAUUUAGGGCAGAUGAAUUUUCUCGUUUCUGUGUUUGCUAUGGUAUACAUCUGAACUUGUCAACGCCAUACUGGCCUGAACAAAAUGGCGCGGUUGAGCGCCAGAUGCGCAACAUAGGUAAAAUACUGAAAAUCACUGAAAUUCAAGAGACUGAUUGGCAAACGGACUUGUACGAAUAUCUAACGAUGUAUCACGCCACUCCUCAGGAAACUACUGGAGUUUCACCAGGAAAAAUGAUGCUGGGUCGCGAAAUCAGGACACGCGUACCGUCGAUUCGUACGCCUCACAGUUUGCUAUGGGAGGAGGCUCGAGAUAGAGACAUGGGAAAGAAGGAAUACCAUAAGCAAAUAGCAGAUGCUCAACGUCAUGCGAAAGACCAUACACUGGUUAGAGGAGACACGGUCUUAAUGCGCAACUUGAAUCCGGGAGCACGAGACUCUACAUUUAGAGGGGAGGAAUUCGAAGUCGUCGAUGUGAAUGGGAAUGCAGUGCAGGUGCGAUCCACUGAAUCGGAUAAAGUCUAUUUGUGAAACAGUGCUCAUCUAAAGAAACUCGACAGGGCCCAAGCAGAGAAAACCGAUGAACAAAGAGCAACGGAUGAACAGGUUGAAGGAUGCACAUCAAAGGAGCAUCGAGAGAUAACUUCGACUGAAGUUGUGAAGGAACACAUCUCCAAGGAGCAACUCGGCCACGGAUCUAACCAGCGUACGCGUAAACGACCAAUAAAGUUCCGUGACUAUGUCGUAGACGAUUAAGAAACUCUGUAUGAUAAAUGAGUGUUUGAAAAGUGGAAUAAAGUCACAUUUGACAGUACACAAGGUCUUAAAAAAAGGGAGAGAUGUAGCGAUGUACUAAAUGUACUACGGUAUGAAAGAGUUAUUAUAUAAUGUUCCAGGCCACUCAAGGGUUACUGAAUAAUAUCGCCCACUUCUAUAUUGUUGGGAACGUGAGAAUGCCGUAUGUGUAUGUGUGUGUAAUGGGUUAAACCUCGGGUUCCAACAGUACAGCGAGACAAAGGAAAGGGGAUUCGUUUGUAGACUAUCGAUGAUAGCGGACGUCUCUACGGAGCGCCAAUCGGAUAUAAAGGAAGCGGUCAUCAGAUUUUACAAUCAUUAAACCACUUUUCAAAAAAUAUCACGUCUCACCAUUAACACUACAUUGACCAACGGCAGCAAAACUACCGAGCUUGAAAACGGCAGCUGGUUCCUCUAACUAGUAGCGUCGAGAAGUUUUCCCCCUGAUGGUUCCUUCAUCGUGACACGACAUCAAUCUAUCAAUCUCGAUCGGGUUCAGGAUCCACCUUUUUUCAAAAGAUUCUCAAGGAGAUAACAUAUUUUUCCGCCGUACACGAAAUUGAAGUUCCGAAGACAAAGAACGAAUAACUUUAUUGGGUGUGAGAAAUGAAACUAUGUUUGAAAAAUCAAGAAACUUGCAAAACAACAUCGCACCGUAGCUAAGUGACCAUACAGCUACUAUUAGGCUCCAGUAGCGCUGCUGUUGAUCAAAACUUGCUGAAAACUUUAUUAACACAAAUCAACGUUGCGCACAUGAUUAAUCAAACAUUGAUCAGCUUCAGUGUUGAUGUAAACAAUUAGUCGAAUAACAAAACUUAAGCGAUGUUUAAGCAACGCAUAAACGACAGCGUAUUCGGAUCAAUGUUUACAUAUACUGUUUCAAAUUUUCCGAUUCAAGUAGUCCUGAUUGGAGAAGAGCAGAUGCGUUAAUAUAGGUAAAUAUGGCUAUAAUUAGUUCUUUCAAAUUAUUCACAUAUGAAAAAAUAUGUCAAAAGAAAACUAAUUUUUGCUUUCAUUCAUACAGCAUACAACUUGGUUUAAUAAACGUUGAAGAAAAGUUUCUGAUAUAUGUGUAAUAGUAAAAGGUUUGAACGUUGAACAACAAAUCGCAGAACAAAUGCGAACAAAUGUUAAACGAUGGCACGAUUAUUGAAUAAACAUAAUAUCCACAAUGCUUAUAGAACGGCUGUUGUUGAACAAGUUCUCCAUUUCUGAGCUAACAAGAGUUGAACAACAGUUUCAUCUCAACUAAACCCAAUAUAGUUCGAUAUAAAGCUUAACAACGCUGCUUUGAGAAACAUUUCUUAAACUGAUAAUUGUUUCUUGGGAUCAUAGUGUAGGCGUCUCAUAUUCAAACCCGAAACAAGGUCCGUUUACUGUACAUGAUUGUGAUAUUUUAUUUGAACAUUUGAACAUUGAGGUUUAGCCUUACAUUUUAUUUCCUAUCAAUAUCAAUCAGUUUUGUCACCCAAACAAGUUGGCACCGAACAACGCUUACAAACAUCACUCUGGCGUUAUCAUUAAAAAAUCCCACACGCACAGUCUACAAGUACUGAACUGUUUACACGGCUCCCAGCCAUUCUCUCCAUCUCGUUGGUCAAAGCACGUUGGCGUUCCGGUGGCAUCCUGCAUAUGCUUAAAAUACUCGCAGGAUCUACCGAACUUCUCGUGAAUCUUCCAGAAGUUGUCCCUAGGGGUUACCUGACCAAUACGAAGGCCACAGUAGAAACACUGAAUGGUGGCCGGUCGGCCCGGGUUGAAGUAUCCCGCUACCGUCAGGCGACGUCUAGUCUCCACAUCCCACGCUGUGCCGUCGAACGUUUUCAACCGUUCCGGGUACGAUUCGUAUUCUGGGAAUCGCGCGUCACACUCGAAGCGAUCGUCAUCGUCUCUAAAGCCCGCUACGUCCGCUUCAACGUUAUCCAUUCUCGACGGAGUUAGAUAUGCGAAUUUGAUUGGGUUUGUCUAUUUCUCCACGACGGCCGGUGGCUAACUACACUGUGAUGGUAGUGCUCAUAUACUUAGCUGUUAGCUUGGUUUAUGAAGCAUCUGUCUUUGUUGCGGGCAUUAUCAGUGUAUUGGCAGAAUCGCGAACUCUUAUCGUUUAUCGUGCAGCUAGGUACAAAUAGCUACCUUUCUUCGCUGUCGAUGACCCGGGUAUUUUUUCGCUUUCCAUUCAUGUUUCUUUAUCUAGCUAGCUAGCUAAUAAAGCUAGUUCUAGGAACACUCAUUUCCUUGGAUGUCGAGAAAAAAUACGAAUUCGAUAAUGGGGUCCAGACGCAAAAUUUCAAUUGCGUUUCAUUGAAACGAAAGCAUCAGUAACCUUAGUAGUUGAAUACUUAUGUCGAGGCUUUUGUGUCAUCUCAACAACGAGUCAAACGUUUCGGUGAGUUUGUUCCAUGUAAAUUGAGGGGCCCAGAAUCAAAGGGGUGUAAGUGACCAUUUUGUCGAUUUUGAGCUGAGCAUAUCAUAAAAUUCUUCAGAUUUCAAGCUUUCAGGAACUUUUUUAAGAUUGUUUCUACGAUGAUUGGAGAAAUUACAAUAAAUCGGAGAAAAUUGGGUUGAUUUUGAAACUCCAUACAUUUUGUAUGGGGAGAAAAAUUUGUCAAAAACUUCAAACCUCAUUUACUCGAAAGUGGGUUUUUGUCACUUACACCCCUUUGCUUCUAACCCCCUCAAUUAAUCACAAUUUUAUGGGAGGAGAGUAAUUGGACGAGUAUUAAACUAUAGGUAUGUAGACUGGAGGAGGGAGUCGUGGUAAUCAGGCCCAAAUCAUGGAGAAGAUCUAUGCAAUUAUCGCCAUUUUCGGAUUGCGAAGAUUGACGGUCGGAUCUACUUCAGCAGUCUGCAAUGUGUUUGACGCAACCUUCCAGGAACAAGCCAUCAAAGGGCCUGUCCAUAAACUACGUAGACUCUUAGGGGGGAGGGGGGUGGUCUGGCCAAAGUCUACGCUCCAUACAAAUUUCGAAAAUUUUGUAUGGACAAUAGUUUUCAAGGGGGGAAGGGGUCUGAGGUGGCCUAAACAAGUCUACGUAGUUUAAGGACAAACGUCUUAAAAUCUCGCUUCAACAAUGCAUCAGAACUUCACACGCACAUAUCUCUUGAAGCAAGCUUCAAACAACAGUGCAUUUAAUUAUUCUGUUCUUGCUCACUUGACAUAAGCUUAAAAUAAAAAGAUCAGGUGCACUGGUUUUGUUUACGAAGAGAUUUGUGCGCUCGAAAUCGUGAGUAGGCGCCAAAGCCGGCCAUUGUGGCGGCCAUUUUGGUAUUCUAACAAGUCUGUCCUUAAACACAGCGCCAAACGGAAAUCGGAAGUUUGUACAGGAACCGUAUGACAUGACAAGACCUGCACUGGUGGUGGUUUAUCAUCGUAUCUCAUAAACAAGACCUAUUGGAAUCUUUCUUUAAUCCUCUUAAGAUGUAAGAUUUUUCGCACCACGAUGGCGUAUUGCAUGUUCAGUGUGCCUGUCUGGGUCAUCCCCAACAUCCUACUAGGGUAAUUACCAUGCAAAGGGUACAACUAGGGUAAUUACCAAACCAAAGUGAUAUUGUCUGAUAGCCCGGAUUAAAAGACGUCUUCUGACAAGUUUUGCAUAACAUUUUCACAAACAAUUAUAGUUAGCUUCCACAUUUCCACAUUUUCCUCGGAAAUUUCGGAAGAAAUCAAAAACUCCAGGGA